CGGAACUACGCUUGCAGAACCAUCUGACUGUGGCGCAAAAAUGGAGGAUAACAUUAAAGACCUCAGCCGACCUCAGAUGUAUUUAUUUGGUUGCUCGUUGAAAGGAGAUAAGAAAGAGCACAGAGUUGAGGUGGAUGAUGAUGAGGCUGAACAUCAGCUGUCACUCAAAUCGGUAUGUUUGGGGGCAGAGGCAGAGGAUAAAUUUCACACCGUGGAAAUGGAGGGAUUGACGUACGAUGGCAAGACAACUAAAAUCACUCUUGCUGUACUGAAACCGUCUGUUCUGCCUUGUUUGAGUCUCGGGGGGUUCGAGGUCACGCCUCCCGUGUCUUUCCGCCUGCAGUCAGGAGCGGGGCCGGUCUACAUCAGCGGUCAACAUUUCGUCAGCACAAAGGAAUCGGAUGAUGAGGACGAGGAGGAAGAGAAUAACACAUCACCAGUGAAGAGACCGUCCAACAUGACCCUCGUGAAAGUGCCUCAGAAGAAGAAGCUGAAAAUGGACUCUGAUGGAGAUGAAGGCUCAGAUGAGGAGAGUGAGGAAGGCGAUGAUGAUGAAGAUGACGACGACGACGAGGACAAUGAGAAAGAAAAGGCAGCGGAAAACCCCCCCGUCAAAAUGCCUCAAAAAUCCCCAGAGAAGAAGAAAAGUGCAAAUAAACAGAACGGCUCACCAGACAGGAAAGCAGCAACACCAGGAAAAUCUCAAGAUCAGACACCACAGAAGGCAAAAGACAAGUCUGCAGCAGGGCCUUCUGGGAAAUCUGCCAGCACCCUGAAUCUGAGCGACGUGAAAAACAAACUAGCAUCAGCAUCUAAAGAGGGGAGGCCGCUUCCAAAAACGGAACAGAAGUUCGAGAACUACGCUAAAAGCUCGUUCAAGAUCACAGAUAAACAAGUGAUCAAAGACCUUUGGAACUUUGUUCAAUCACUGAAAAAGUAAUGGCCGCUGUGUGCAGAAGUCUGAGGUCGGCCGGUCGACUGCUUCAGCUGUGAUCCUGCACCCGUCCCAUCUGAAAAUCAUCUGCCUGAUGCUCUCGCUGUAGAGCUUAUGGAGAUUUCAUGGUUCAUGUUUUAUCUUUGUUUCGUUUUAACAGUGAGCGCAGAUUUAUUUCUGUUUCUUUUAGAAGAACAUUAUUGAAAUGUUUUCGAAAGGAUCUUAUCGUUUUAAAGUCACGUUUAAGGGUGAAUCUCACGAACGUUGUCCACGUGUCCACCUUUUGCUUUAUCUCUAAUUAAAAGAAAGAAGAAAUAGUUGUAUUACUUUUAUGAUUUUUGCACCCCAACGUGACAUUAUUGACCUGACAGUUAAGCUUAAGUCGUAAUUGAGAUAACUGUUAUGUAAAGUAAAACAUUUGUUUUAUAAGAUGUCAGAGAUGGGCGCUCGAGUUAGUGACUCGGACUCAAGUCGCAUUUUAAAAGACUUCAGACUUGACCUGAAAUGACUUCAGACUUGGCUCGACUCGACAAAAAGGACUCGUGAAUAUUGGAAUAUAAAGAAAGAUAUUAAUGCGUACAGUUUUUUUGUAUCUUUCUUCAUUUGUAGACCUGUAAAAGGCAGACACGUUCAGCUAGAAUCUUAGUAGUGUCCCUGGUUUUCCAAACAUCAUAUGUUUUCUCUUUAUAAAUAGGACUUUUGAGUAUGAGACUUUUUUCAAUAAGGCAUGAAAUGACUUGAGACUUGACUCGGACUCUAGCUUGUCCAAAGACUUGUGAACAUCUCUGUCUUAAGUGUUGUAUAAAUAUAUAAGGGUAUAUUUGUUGAUUUAUUGUCAAAUUGGAAGUAAUGUAAUAAAAAAUAUCCAAAACUUUUCAGUAAUUUUAGAAAGAAACAUGCUUAUUAUGAUGAGAAUAAUGUCACCAAUGCAAAAAAAAUGAAUGGUCUUUAAAAAUACAGAUUUUUUGUGAGAUUCACCUUUAAAUACUUAAAAUAAAUAACAAUAAGUUACUUAAAUAAUUAAGUUUAUUAUGCUUUGUUUGGGGGUCCUUUUAAAUACAUGCAACGCUUGAAAUGGUCUCGUGUAUGUGCGUUAAAAGAAAAAACACUUCCAGCCCAAAACUGACCUCUUGUGCAUUUGAAACGCAGAAAUGACUUUCUGUGAAUAUUAAACAACUGAAUACUUCCCUUGCUUUAUGUGUAAAGAACGCAGGUGACUUUGCUGAAGUUUAAUGCUAAAGAUCCGUCUAAUUUCAAGAAUUCUGAGUUCCUCCUGCAUUGGGUGUAGUCCUCAGGUUUCUGCCCUGCUACGAUCCAUAUGGCCUUUAUCAUAAACAAACUGUAAGCUUGAAUGCAUUUAAGCUUUGCCCUCAUCUUAAGUGCUAUAGACGCUCGAGAGCCUCAGAAGUUUAUACCUCGAUUGUUAGUCCCUAAGGUUUAUAGAAUGAAGCUUACGCUUUAGUGGUUUUAUUUGCGUACAAAGCAGUUUUAUUAUGUUAGUGUUUACCCCUGCGUAGUUUAUUUUUAUCAGCUGUCUGUCCUCAAGCAGUUUUUUCUUUGACGCAUGUUGUGUUGCUUUAAUCCUGCUUUAACACCUCGUCUGUGCUGCAUGCGAGCGGCGCGUCGCAACAAAACUACAUCAACCUCACUAUCAUCAACACUGCAAAUGCACAGUUUUACAUACAGCAUAGUUCACUGUGUAUUAAAGGAACAGUUUAGUUUUGUUGCAUCGUAGCACUCUUAUGCGGUCCAGAUGAGGUGUCUUGCUUUGGAUGGAAAUGGAGAUAAAUCAGGUUUAGUUCAUUUAUCAAUGAAUAUUCUGUAACCAGCUUUUUUUCUUGUUUUCUGUAAUCAGUGUGAAGUUGAUUGUACUCGGUAAAAACACCAAGUACACAAGCAAACAGGUGUUUCAGUGAUUCUCUGAAAAGUAAUAAAUUGUUCUUUCUUUGUUUUCUUAA